AGAGAGAGAGAGAGAUGCUCUGGCUCUCAUCAGUCACAUCUUGCUGUGGGAGGGGGAUUGAAGCGGCUGCCUCGGAGCUCUUCAGUAACAGAGACAGUGGACUCACUCACUCACUCACUCACACACACACACACACACACACUCACACACACAGCCCGUUUGAGACUCUACACCUGACCUGCGUGCAGCCUGACAGACCGACAGCAGCAGGACGAUGAAGACAUAAGAAGGAACUUUCCUCUGCUUCUUCUUCUUUUUGGUUUUUCCAGCUGCUCUGGACAUCACCCAUCCUCUCUAAUAAAGUCAGAACGCACGUCACUGGUUCCUGAACAACGGAUGAGAUGGCGGUGGGUUGAGAGAGGACAAGCUUUCUUUUUCCACCUCAAAAAAAAACUGCGGACGAGACAACUUCGCUCGCACAGAUCUGCUGCUUUCAUCCCUCCUCCUCUUCCUCUUCCUCUUCCAACCAUCUUCACCUGAUACAAACAAGACGCACCGAGGAGACCGGGGCACAGGCUGCUGCGUGCACCAGCGGUCACAGGGAAUCAAACUAACACUUUUACCCGACAGCAGCAUCAGCAGCAGAGGACUGGACUCGUUCUCAAGGAUGCUACUCCAGCACCGACACCAGUAGACGGUCCAAACAGCCGCUGCCAACAUGUUCAGCAGAGGUUACGGUGGGGUGGAGUUACUGUUAGUGCUGUGUGGCCUAGAUCUGUCGCUGCCCUGCCCUCACCACUGCAUCUGCUACACUUCACCUAGCACCGUCUCCUGCCAGGCCCACAACUUCCAUGCCGUGCCCGAGGGCAUCCCCGCCCAGAGCGAGCGGGUCUUCCUGCAGAACAACAAGAUCCAGCGGCUGCUCCGCGGCCACUUCUCACCCACCACCACCAUGUUGUGGCUUUACUCCAACAACAUCUCCUACAUACAACCCUCCACCUUCCACGGCUUCGACCGCUUGGAGGAGCUCGACCUCGGGGACAACAGGCACCUGAAGGCCAUCGCUUCAGACACCUUCCAGGGCCUGGGGCGGCUCCACGCCCUGCACCUAUACCACUGUGGUCUGAUCAGCCUGCCACAAGGGAUCUUUUCGGGCCUGAAUAAUCUCCAGUAUCUCUACCUACAGGACAACCAGUUAGAGUUUCUGGAGGAUGACCUGUUCAUCGACCUACUGAACCUCAGUCAUCUCUUCUUGCAUGGCAAUAAACUGUGGAGCCUUCGCCAGAACACCUUCCGUGGUCUGGGGGUCUUAGACCGUCUACUUCUCCACCAGAACCGAAUCCAGUGGGUCGACCGCCAGGCUUUCCAUGACCUGCGACGCCUCACCACCCUGUACCUGUUUAAUAACUCCUUGACGGAGCUCUCUGGUUCCAGCAUGACUCUGCUGCCGGCACUAGAGUACCUACGGCUUAAUGACAACCCCUGGGAGUGUGACUGCAAGGCCCUGUCGCUGUGGGAUUGGCUGCGGAGGUUCAGAGGUUCGACCUCCACUCUGAUGUGUGUUUCACCACCGGAGCUGGCAGAGAAGGACCUGAAAACACUGAAGAAGGAGGAGCUGCCCAGUUGCUUGCCAAGCGAGGGUCAUGGUGCCCCAGAUCGGGAGAUGGAUCAUGGAGAGUCUUUGAACCACUUGAAUCGUCACAGAAACCAUCAUAACCACCAUCAGCGGCCGUACUUGCCCCACGGGGACCAAUACAGCUUGCCUUCACCUUCACCCCUGCCACGGCCGCCAAAGGGAAGCCGCAGAAACUGUACCCGCCGGGGUCGCAAGGCAAAAGGGGGUCUCAACGAGGUACAGGUACUACUGGAGGGGGAUGAGAAAGACUAUACUCCAGACGGGGGUAAAUUUGACCUGUCUGGAACUGGACGGAGGAAGAACAAGUGCACCCUCAGGACUUCUGUCGGCCCACCAAGUGGGGUCCAGAGAGCUAAUAAUAGAGCAGGGUCACACCUUUCAGAUUUUAUUAUCUGUUUCUCAUCAGCCCUGCUGCUGUCGCUCAGCUCUGUGAUCCUACGCUGAGAAGGGAAAUGGACUCUAUGAUUCAUUCUCCUGAAAACCCCUGCCCUGGCUCUUACAAAGGGGCAUGUGUGUACAACUGCGUGUACACGUCUGUGUAUAAAGAACAUUAUCCAAUAUCUACUGUCGAAGUAUCCCUGAGGUUUUAGGGCAGGGAUCAUUAUGAGUCAGGGAAAACAAUUUAUCCCAUUGCUUUGAUGAUGUCACCAAGGGGAACAACAGGAAAACUUUGCAUUUGCCUCAGUGGCAUCGAUUGUUUCACUGAGUUUAUGUGCUUAUAAAACUGUACAGCCACACAAAAUAAGAAGCCAAUGAUUCAUUUUAAUAAUGGCAGGAAACAACACACGGUUAGGAUCAAAACAAUUCAAGGCUUAGUCUCUAUGUUUAGCCCUCUUGAUACAACAGUGCUCUCCCAGCACACCCUUCAUCUGUCAAUCACACCGAGACAAAGACACAAUCUGACGCACUUUUCACUCAACAGCAACAAAGACUCGAGAACAAAAUCCUGCAAACACAAUUGGCAGUAACUGAGUCAUCGCAUUGGCAGUAAAAACUAUAAUUACUAUAAUGUAUGUCUGCUAGUAAAGUGCUUUUACUUCCAUGUCUCACGGCAGGGUUGACUCACUUUAAUGCACAUCUGUGUUUUGGGGGUUUUAAGUACACACCACUGGAUUUAUAACACAUCAAUUUUUCAACAACUUUUAACACUGUUAAUGUUAAUAUAUAUCCUUUGCAUCCUAUCAACUUAAAAGCCAUUCAGAACUAACCAAUCAUUAAAUGAGCCAACUUGUCACAGCGUAAAUGAGUGAGUGGAUGAACAAGUGAAGAUUUCAGUGUUGCUGCUUUGUGUGACUGUGUGUCCACUGAAGAAAUCACUAAAGCCAUGCGGGUAGAAUGAAGCUAGAUUGCAAGAGUGCCUAAUGGGAGCCAGUGGCCAUUGAGGACAAACUGUGGUGAGAGACGUUCCCAUUCACUCUUCGACCUCAUUGGCUACAAAACCGAGGCCUCAACGAGCCCGAGCGGCCUGAAAGGUCGACUUAUGCAGGCCAAGGAAAAGGCUGAGGCCCAAGCCCGGCUCACAAAACUUCAGACUCCCAGAACCUUUUAUGCACUUUCCUUUGUAAUGCUGUGGAGGUUAAUGUAAAAACAACAUAUAAAUAUAUCCUUCAAGCACAGACAAUUCAAUCCAAAUAGAGGCAGGAGGGUUUUCAAAUGCUGGGGCCUACAAUCAGGGAAGAGUACAGCUGACAGCAACAAUUGCAAUAUGUCCCCUGCAAUGGUCGAAUCAAUGGUCUGAAACUGGGAAAACAAAAAGCAGCAAAGAAACUGUUAAAAAAGGGGACGGAAUAAACUGCAACAGAACGUUUCCUGUGUGUUGAGUGCACUCCAAAUCAGACGGACUUGACAAUCUGUGAGCCCUGAGUGGAGAGCUGGAUUUUAAGGCCGCCACGUCCGAGAGGAGCGAUACUCAGAGCCCUUUCUGAGUCUUGGGAUUUUUCUUUGGAAAAAUAGCAGAGAAGGACAAAGGACAAAGAGGACUGUGGGUAACGGCGCCCUGAACCAUAAAUUGGAAGAGUUCACGCACAACCACCCGUAACAAAGCCCGAUCACCCUCACAGCCUUCCUGUACCACUGAAAACCACCAACCCCUUUGAGCCCACGGCUUUCAAACCCCCGGAGCAGAGCGCCACAGAUGCUGUCCAUGCUUUGACUUUUAGACCCGAGCUAUUUCAGAGUAACUCACCACAAUGUCUCACAUGCUCGGUUAAAAUGUACAGACACACACCGGCCAUCCAGGUACCUAAACUAGCCAGUGAUGCUCAAAGUCUCCUUGUUUCUUAUAUCAUUACGAAGUUAUACAUUCUAUAUUAAAAACGAGCCGUCCUGACCGAGCUCAAAGGCUAAAAACACAACCUGCUGACAGAAAGCACAAAAGAUUAUCGUUUCGGUUUGCUGGCGACCUAAAGAUAACGCAUUUGGACAGGAAUCAGAGAGCAGGGGCCACAUUUGUGUGCGCUUCCUGCGGAUCCCCCGUCUUUUCAUGUCUAUCUAUCUAAAUGUUGGGGGACAAACAGAAGCCUUCUACUGGUGUCACUCUGCUGACAUGCAGGAUAAGCGCCCCCUACUGGUGAACUCGUUUGUGCUGCUGUGAACCCAGAGGUGAUGUAAAUUGUGUCUGUUUAUUCUCGUGAGGAUGACUUUUUUUUUGUAAAAAGAAAAAAAAUUGUAAAAAAAUUGUAAAAAAAAAAAUGAAAGAAGAGAAACUGACUCUGUUGUGUCUCGAUAGUUCCCUAAAUAAAUAAACAGGGAGCUGGAGGCGGAAAGUUUAUUUUUUAUUUAAUACGAUUAUCAUCAUUAGAAUUUGUUUUCAUUCCGUCACUUAUUUGUUGGUUUUGUUUCGCUGACUCAUUCAAGAUAAAUGAUACACUGCACUGCCGUCUCCUGCUCCUCCUCUUUUCUAUCACUCUAUCCACUCCUCUGUAUUCCCCUCCCCCUUUUCCUCACCUCCCUUUCUCUCUGCUUACUCUCUCCUCUCUCUCCAUUCUCAGCACCCACCCUCGUUGCCUCCCCACCCCACGCCUCAAUCUCCUUAUUCUUUUCCUCUGCACUCUUCCUUUGUGCAACCCAAAUGUUUUGUAUGUGGUUAUCAAACAAUGCCAGACUCAAAAGCUGUUUAUAAAUAACAUUAAAUGGAAAGUGUCCUCAAAUGGC